GCAUUAAAAGAUUUUGACGAUAGAACAAUAUCAAUCUUUAUAUAAAAUAUUAUUUUAAAUUACAGAUAUUUGUAAUAAUAUCUUACGUUUUAUUAUUUGAAAAAAUGUUAUGUAUACCUAUACAUCAUAUAAACAUGUAUAAAUCGAUUUAUUCACAAAAUCAUAUGAUAGGAUGCAAAUACUUCCGUUUCCGCUUGACGCCAUAGAAGCAGUUGUUUGAGAAUUCUCUUUGUAUGAGGGUUAUAUUAAUUUUAUUGAUAAAUAUUCAGAACUUUAUACAUUUAUUAAAGUGGAUAAUUAAAAUUUCAAAAUGGGUGAUAUAAAAUCUUUUUUUCAUCAAUGGUGUACAAAAAAUAGCAAGGAACCACAAUUUGAUGUGAGACAAACAGGACCGAAACAUCGACAUCGAUUUCUUUGUGAAUUGCGAGUACCUGGAUUUGACUAUGUGGGUGCAGGAAAUUCAACUAACAAAAAAGAUGCUCAAGGAAAUGCAGCUAGAGAUUACGUUAAUUAUUUAGUUCGUACUGGACAUGUGAAUCCAAACGAUGUUCCAAAAGAUUCAGGAAAUGUUCAAUUGAAUUUAGGAAAUAUUAAAUCAGAACCUUGUAGUCCAAUAAGACCUGUGUUUCAAGAUGGAAUGGGUCCAAAUGAUAUAGGUCAAGCAUAUAGAGCUUAUAAUGAACAUGGUCAAAGCAAUUAUACCUAUAUUGAUAGAAUAGCAGAUCAGAAAAAAGUUGAAGAUGCAGAAGAUGUUGAUGUAAAUUCUAGAAUUCAUGGAAAUUGGACUAUAGAAAAUGCUAAAUCAAAACUUCAUCAAUUUAUGCAAACUAAUAAAAUUAACACUGAUUAAUAUACCCCACUUGGUCCAGAUCAUACGAGGAGUUUCAUGGCUGAAAUGACAUUUUAUGUAAAACAACUUGGGAGAAAUAUUACUGGUCGUGAAACUGGUUCAAAUAAACAAACUGCGUCAAAAAGUUGUGCUUUAUCUCUUGUUCGACAAUUAUAUCAUCUUGGUGUUAUUGAGGCAUUUAGUGGAACUUUAAAAAAAAAAAAGGAAGCAGAACAAAUAAAACCAUAUCCAAUUAAAAUUUCACCUGAUUUGAUAAAUCAGAUAAAUGAUGUUCUGUCAUGUUUGAAUAUAACACCUGUUGACUUGAAAUUAAAUCAGCAAUUAAAUAUAAAUGAAGGAAAUAAUCAAGCUAAUGUUUCUAUCUCUCUAUUAACAAAUCAAGUGUUAGAUGAUUUUAUUUCAUCUGCACCACAACCAGCUGGAGUGGUAAGUUGGUCUCCACCACAACAAAAUUGGAAUCCAUGGACUGGUUGUAAUAUUGAUGAGGGACCAUUAGCUAUAAUGACUUUAGAACAAUUAUCAGAUGAUUUAUUACAUGAACAACGAGAAAGAUUGCAACAAAAUGAUAAUCUUCAAAAAAGUAUUAAGGAAAGAUCUAGUUUACCAGUUUUCUUAAAAAAGAAUGAAAUAAUGAAUGCUAUUAAUGAAAAUUCUAUAAUUAUUAUUCGAGGAAAUACAGGCUGUGGUAAAACAACUCAAGUAUGUCAGUUUAUUCUAGAUGAUUACAUUGCAUCGGGUCAAGGUGCAUUUUGCAAUAUUGCUAUUACACAACCUAGAAGAAUAUCUGCUGUAUCUGUAUCUGAUCGAGUUGCUUCUGAAAGAUGUGAAAAUCUAGGACAAUCUGUUGGUUAUUCUGUAAGAUUUGAAUCUUGUUUGCCAAGACCUUACGGUAGUAUAAUGUUCUGUACUGUUGGUGUACUUUUGAGAAAAUUAGAAGGUGGUUUAAGGGGUGUAUCACAUGUUAUUGUUGAUGAAAUUCAUGAACGAGAUGUUAAUUCUGAUUUUAUUAUGGUUGUGCUUCGUGAUAUGAUUCAUAUGUAUCCAGAUUUACGAAUUAUUCUAAUGUCGGCUACGAUUGAUACAACAUUAUUUAGUAAUUAUUUUAAUAAUUGUCCAGUAAUAGAAAUACCCGGUAGAUCAUAUCCUGUACAGCAAUAUUUCUUAGAAGAUUGUAUACAAUUAACAAAUUUUAUACCUCCUAUGGAUUCCAAAAAAAGAAAAAAUCGAGAUUCAGAUGAUUUACCAACUGAAGGAGAACCAGAAGAGAACUUGAACAAAAUAAUUGAUCCAGAAUAUUCUAUACAAACAAAAAAUGCUAUGGCACAACUUUCUGAAAAAGAAAUAAGUUUUGAACUUAUAGAAGCUUUAUUGAAAUAUAUUAACGAUCAAAGUAUUCCUGGUGCUAUAUUAAUAUUUUUACCUGGUUGGAAUUUGAUAUUUGCAUUAAUGAAACAUUUACAACAACAUCCCGUUUAUGGAGGAUUAAGUUAUGUGAUUAUACCAUUGCAUUCACAAUUACCGAGAGAAGACCAACGUAAAGUUUUUGAUCCUGUACCUUCUGGAAUAACAAAAAUUAUUUUAGCAACGAACAUUGCUGAAACAUCAAUAACAAUUAAUGACGUAGUUUAUGUAAUAGAUUCUUGUAAAGCUAAAAUGAAGCUUUUUACUUCCCACAAUAAUAUGACUAAUUAUGCUACUGUUUGGGCUAGUAAAACAAACUUAGAACAAAGAAAAGGUCGGGCAGGUCGUGUUAGACCAGGAUUUUGUUUCCACUUAUGUUCCAAAGCACGAUUCAAUAAAAUGGAUGAACAUAUGACUCCAGAAAUGUUUAGAACACCUUUACAUGAGUUAGCAUUAAGCAUUAAAUUAUUAAGACUAGGAAGUAUUGGAAAAUUCUUAUCUAAGGCAAUUGAACCACCACCAAUAGAUGCUGUAAUCGAAGCAGAAGUUAUAUUACGCGAAAUGAAAUGUUUGGAUGAAAAUAAUGAACUAACGCCUCUUGGUAAAAUAUUGGCUCGGCUACCAAUAGAGCCUCGUUUAGGCAAAAUGAUGAUUCUUGGUUGUAUAUUUUGUGUUGGUGAUGCACUUUCCACAAUGGCUGCAAAUAGUACAACAUUUCCAGAAGUAUAUAAUAUGGGACCUGAUGUAAGACGAUUAUCUGCUCAACAGAAAUGGUUUGCUGGUGCAAGAUAUAGCGAUCAUGUAGCAAUGUUACAUGCUUUUCAAGCAUGGGAAGAAGCUAGAGCUGGUGGAGAAUAUGCAGAGCAAGCAUUUUGUGAUUCAAAAAAUUUAAGUAUGCCUACAUUGAGAGUAACGUGGGAAGCCAAGUAUCAAUUGCAAGCACUUUUGCAAAGUGCUGGAUUUCCAGAAGAAACUCUUUGCCCUACACCAUUAAAUUAUCAAGCUGGUGCGGAUGUUCGUCUUGAUACAAUUACUGCAUUAUUAUGUAUGGGUCUUUAUCCAAAUGUUUGCUAUCAUAAAGAAAAAAGAAAAGUUCUCACUACUGAAUCUAAAGCAGCAUUGAUUCAUAAAACAUCAGUCAAUUGUAGUAAUUAUGAACAAAAUUUUCCAUUUCCAUUUUUCGUAUUCGGUGAAAAAAUUCGUACAAGAGCAGUAUCUUGUAAACAAAUGACUAUGGUAUCACCUAUUCAUUUAUUACUAUUUGGUUCCCGAAAAGUUGAAUAUAUUGAUAAUGUGGUAAAACUGGAUAACUGGAUCAACUUAGAUAUGGAUCCGAUUCAUGCAGCAGCAAUAGUAGCCUUACGACCUGCAUUAGAAAGUCUUGUUGUGAAAGCUGCCAAAGAACCAGAAACUAUUUUAGAAUUAAGUUUGAACGAACAAAAAGUACUAAACGUGAUCAAAUCAUUAUGUGGAAUGAAUGCUUGUCGUUAUGAACUAGAUCAGAUUACAGGUGGUGGUUUUCAAUCACGAAGGCCACCAAGAGGACAUUCAACUGGUUUUCAUUUGGAUAGCGGUAAUCCUUCAAAAAUGAUGCGCGGAGGUGCUGGUUAUCGUGGGAGACCUUAUAAUGGAGGUGGUAACAAAGGCGGUUUUUCAAGAUAUGAGAAUUAUGGUGGAUACAGAGGCGGUAGUAAUAGAGGAUAUGGAAUGAAUAAUUCACGCGGAAGAAGUGGUGGAAAUAGAGGUGGUAGAGGAAGUUUUCGUAGUCGUUAUUAAUUAUAGUUUUUAAAUGAUCUUAUUAAUGAUCUUUAAAUGACUGUAAUACAUUAUCUUCUACUUAAAAUGUAUAAUAUUUUUGUUUUUAUAUUAUUUCUUUUAAAAUGUUAUUACAUUUUUAAGUUCAACAAAAUUUUUGUUAUCCCUCUAAAUAGUACAAAUAAAGCCUUAAAAACAUUCAAAA